UACGAUAUUAAUAAUGAUAGUAACAUGAAUUUUAACCCUAUACAUAAUAUCCUCCCACUAAUUUUUUACGAUCGUAAAAGUGAUAACUAAGUAGCGGUUUACGCGUACUAAACAUACCGCUACUGUUGCAGUGUACGCGUUCUGUCGUGCGUGUCGCUGACGUUCGUUUGACCAUUAAUGAACUUAACAUUUUAUAAAAUCUUGACCGGUCAUUGCAUGUACUUGGCAGAAAUUAUUUUAAACUUAAUUGAUUAUUUUUUUUGAAGAAUAACUCUCAAAUAGUUUUUUAUUUUUUUAAUGCUAGAACUACUCAAGUAUGACCAUUUGAACUGAAGCAUUAUUUAUAUUAAAAAAAUUAUUAAUCGGAUUUCAGCACAUAUCUACACAUUCUAAUUUAAAUUAUUGAAAUAAAUAUGGAGAUUCCAGUACCGAAUCCUGUGAAAAAGGUUCCCAUUCAUUUACAGAGCUCACAAAAUCGAGUCUUGAUAAAAAAUGGAAAAUUGGUAAAUCAUGAUACAAUGGUUGAUAAUGAUAUAUUUAUUGAAGAUGGUAUAGUUAAAAUGAUUGGGCGCAAUCUUGUUAUACCAGGAGGAACAAGAGUGAUUGAUGCUAGUUCAAUGCUUGUUUUACCAGGUGGUAUUGAUCCUCAUACACAUUUUGAACUUGAAUUUAUGGGAGCGAUAUCAGUUGAUGAUUUUUAUCAAGGCACUAAAGCUGCUAUAGCAGGGGGAACAACAAUGAUUAUUGAUUUUGUGCUGCCUAAUAAAGAUGAAUCCUUAAUUGAUACUUAUCAAAAAUGGAGAUCACGUGCUACUAAUAAAGUUUGUUGUGAUUAUGGAUUACAUGUUGCUGUGACAUCAUGGUCAAAACAAACAAAACAAGAAAUGGAGGAACUUUGUAAUAAACAUGGUGUGAAUUCAUUCAAAGUGUUUAUGGCCUACAAAGGUGUUUUUAUGUUGAAUGAUAGUGAACUUUACAAUACAUUUGAAGCGUGUAAAGAACUUGGUGCACUACCAAUGGUUCAUGCGGAAAAUGGAGACAUUGUACAUGAGAAUUCAAUACGGUUGUUGAAGUCUGGUAUUAAUGGACCAGAUGGUCAUGCAUUAUCACGUUCAGAAGAUGUUGAAACAGAAGCUCUUAACAGAGCAUGUACAAUAGCUAAUCAGGUAGGAUCACCUCUUUAUAUUGUUCAUAUAAUGAGUAAACCAGCUGCUGACGCUUUGAAAAAACAUCGCAAUGAACAAAUAAAUCGCUGUGGAAAAUCUAAUAUUUUUGGUGAAACAUUAGCAGCUGCUGUAGGAACAUAUUGGGAUAAAAAUAAAUUAACUUGUUGGAAUGAUGCUGCAGCUCAUAUCUUAAGUCCCCCUUUAAGGAAUGAUCCUUACACCCCAACAUAUCUGUUAGAAAUGUUAGCCAAUGGAAAUUUACAAACAACUGGAAGUGAUAAUGCUACAUUUAGCUCAGAACAAAAAGCUAUUGGUAAAGGUGAUUUCACUAAAAUACCAAAUGGUGUAAAUGGUGUAGAAGAUCGUAUGUCAGUUAUUUGGGAAAAAGGGGUAGUAUCUGGGCUAUUGAGUCCUUGUAAAUUUGUGGAAAUAACAAGUACAAAUACUGCAAAGAUUUUUAACAUUUUUCCAAGAAAGGGUUGUAUAGCAGUAGGUUCUGAUGCUGAUAUAGUUGUGUGGAAUCCAAAUGCUAAACGUACAAUAUCAUCAAAAACUCAUCAUCAAGCAGUUGAUUACAACAUUUUUGAGGGCAUGGAAGUUCAUGGUGUACCAGAAUAUGUAUUAGUUGGUGGUCGAGUUUGUUUAGAUGAAGGUAAUCUAAAGGUUGUUCAAGGACAUGGAAAAUUUAUCCCUACACCCCCACAUGCAGAUUUUGUUUAUGGAAAUGAAAAUGUCAACGAAGAGUCUAAUGAUCAACAAGAUUAUCCACAAGAUAAUUUAAAGCCAACUGCUUUGAAAAUAUCUCCAGCUUCUAGUGUAACAAGUGAAAUUUCUAAUUGUUCAAAAUCACCAAUGAUACAUACUGGUAGAGCAAUGCGUAUGGAAGGGCAGCGAGACCUUCAAAGUUCUUCGUUUUCAAUAAGCUCUGAUUCUAAUGAUGUUAAAAAGUCAAGUAUACGUGUAAGAAAUCCACCAGGUGGGCAGUCAAAAGGUUUUUGGUAAUACAUAAGUUUUAAAUACAAGUAAAUAAUUUUAAUUUUUGCCUAGUCUAUAAAUAAAUACUAUAGGUUUAAAUUCAAAAAAAGUCUAAUAUAAAAAUAUAAACGAACAUAAAAACAAUAACUUUAUAUGACUUCAUAUUUUACUAUUUAUAAAAUUUUAUUUGGACUUUCUGUAUUUUAUUUAUAAACUAAUGUUAUCCAUUUUACUAAAAAAUGUAUUGUUUUUUCUCAUUUCAAGGAUGCUUUCUAAUUUUUAUUGUUUAAUUUAGUGUAUUUAUUUGUUAUAGUUUAUUUAUUACAUUCUUUUUAUGAAAUUUCCAAAGAGUACCCAAAUAAGUUUACAGAUAU